UAUAAACUCAUCCCUUGCAAGCAACAGACACUCAGCUUAACAAAUAAGCAAACACACACUCUCAUUCUCUCUCUGUAUUUCCUUUGUCUCUUUAAUGGCUACUUUCUUCUUCUUCCUCCUCUCCUUCCUUAUCUGCUUUCACUUCUCAAGUGCUGAGCCGUUUAUUGGAGUGAACUACGGCCAAGUGGCGGACAACUUACCGCCGCCAUCAGCCACCGCGAAGCUUCUAAAAUCGACGUCGAUUGAGAAAGUUAGAUUGUACGGAGCGGAUCCGGCGAUUAUCAAAGCUUUGGCUAAUACCGAAAUUGGGAUCGUAAUCGGAGCAGCUAAUGGAGAUAUUCCUUCUUUGGCUUCCGAUCCAAACUCAGCAGCUCAGUGGAUUAACUCCAACGUGUUGCCUUUUUACCCUGCUAGCAAAAUCAUCCUCAUCACUGUUGGCAACGAGGUAUUGACUACAAAUGACCCGAAUUUAAUAAACCAACUGCUACCCGCAAUGCAAAAUAUGCAAAACGCCAUUAACGGUGCUUCACUGGGUGGAAAGAUCAAGGUCUCAACGGUUCAUUCAAUGGCGGUGUUGGGUCAAUCCGACCCGCCAUCUUCCGGGUUGUUUAGCCCGAGUUAUCAACCCGCAUUGAAAGGUUUGCUUCAGUUCCACAAGGACAACGGGUCCCCUUUUGCCAUUAAUCCGUACCCGUUUUUCGCUUAUCAAAGUGACUCCAGACCCGAAACGCUUGCCUUCUGCUUGUUUCAACCCAACGCGGGACGAGUUGACUCGGGGAACGGAAUCAAGUACAUGAACAUGUUUGAUGCUCAGGUUGAUUCAGUGCAUUCUGCUUUGAGUGCUAUGGGGUUCAAGGAUGUCGAGAUUAUGGUUGCCGAAACGGGAUGGCCAUAUAGCGGCGAUAGUAAUGAGGUCGGACCUAGCAUUGAGAAUGCAAAAGCCUAUAAUGGGAACUUGAUUGCUCAUUUGAAAUCGAUGGUCGGGACACCGUUGAUGCCCGGGAAAUCUGUGGAUACUUACCUCUUUGCACUCUAUGAUGAGGACUUGAAACCCGGUCCCGGUUCUGAACGGGCAUUUGGACUUUACAAGUCGGACCUUUCCAUGACAUAUGAUGUUGGCAUUUCAAAGAGUAGUCAGACUCCACCGACUCCGAAAACUCCGGUGACUCCUCAACCAAAACCGACUGCAACUGGUUGGUGUGUACCAAAGGCCGGUAUUUCUGAUGCUCAAUUGCAAUCGAGUCUAGACUAUGCAUGUGGCCAAGGCAUCGAUUGCAGUCCGAUCCAACCGGGAGGUGCCUGUUUUGAACCGAACACCGUAGCAUCUCACGCUGCUUAUGCCAUGAACCUUUACUACCAAAAUUCCGCCAAGAAUCCGUGGAACUGUGAUUUCUCGCAGACGGCAACACUAACAUCCCAAAAUCCUACUUAUAAUAAUUGCAUCUACCCUGGCGGGAGCACUUAGAAAAGUAAGAUAAAAUGUGUGGGUCUUAUUUUAGAAAUACAAAGUAGCUUUGACUGUAAAGUUAUUCUCCUUUGAUAUGGAUUUGCUGUGGUCUGUGUUCUUUUUUGGGUAAAUUAUUUGAUGUAAUAAAGUUAGGGUUGGAAUAUUGAUGAACUUUUGUGGUUAAAAAAAAUGGGUCAUGCUUAUAAUCUCUUGAACAUAAUAUCAAAAUCAGUAUGAUGAAGGUAUGAAAGUUUAGAUUUUCUUCCCAAUUAUUAAAAAAAUAAAAUCAUAUUUCGCUUCUUGCA